AUGAAUGGCAUGAUGCAACCACAAAUUAUUCUACUAAAGGAAGGCACAGACACGAGUCAGGGAAAAGCCCAACUUAUCAGCAAUAUUAAUGCGUGUCAAGCCGUGAUGGAGGCUGUACGUACGACGCUUGGACCGCGUGGAAUGGACAAGCUGAUUCAUGCGGGUGGAAAGACCACUAUCUCCAAUGAUGGAGCUACUAUCAUGAACCUGCUGGACGUAGUGCAUCCGGCGGCCAAGACGCUUGUCGAUAUCUCACUCUCACAGGACGCAGAGGUGGGCGACGGUACUACAUCCGUCGUGCUGCUCGGUGCUGAGUUUAUGCGUCAGGCUAAACCUUUCAUCGAGGAGAAUAUGCACCCCCAGAUGAUCAUUAAGAGCUUUCGUAAGGCGGGACAGCUAGCCGUCCAGAAGAUUCGAGAGAUUGAGAUCCGCAUAGCAGACUCGGACGAAAUUGGUCGUCGUCAAAUGCUGGAACGUGUCAGUGGCACAGCUCUUAACUCGAAACUUAUCUCAAGGCACAAGCAGUUCUUCUCCCCAAUGAUUGUUGAUGCAGUACUGAGUCUUGAUGAUGGACUGGACAUUAGCAUGGUCGGCAUCAAAAAGGUGCCAGGUGGUUCUGUCACUGAUUCCUUCUUAGUGAAGGGUGUUGCAUUUAAAAAGACGUUUUCAUACGCUGGCUUUGAGCAACAGCCUAAGACGUUUGUAAAUCCAAAGAUAUUGCUUUUGAACGUUGAGUUGGAGCUCAAGUCCGAGAAAGAGAACGCCGAACUGGAGCUAUGUGUAAAAAGCGGCGCCCAAAUUAUCCUGUCUAAGCUGCCUGUAGGAGACCUGGCGACGCAGUACUUUGCUGACCGCGGGCUCUUCUGCGCAGGACGUGUAGCUCAGGACGACAUGGAGCGUACGCAGCGUGCCACGGGCGGUGUGGUGCAGACGUCGGUACAUGAUAUGAACCCGUCGGUGCUCGGCUCAUGUGGUCGCUUCGAAGAGCGUCAGGUCGGCAACGAGCGAUACAACAUCUUCAUGGAGUGCGCUGAGGCUAAAAGCUCCACGAUUGUGCUGCGUGGUGGUGCUGAACAAUUCAUCGAGGAGGCUCACCGGUCUGUACACGAUGCGCUCAUGGUUGUAAAGCGUGCCGUAGCAUCAUCAACGGUGGUGGCGGGUGGUGGUGCGAUCGAGAUGGAGGUAUCACGCUAUCUGCGUCAGUACGCGCGUACUAUUGAGGGCAAAGCACAGUUGUUGGUGAAUGCGUACGCCAAGGCAUUCGAGAUCAUUCCCCGCCAAAUCGCAGAGAACGCCGGCCACGACGCGACUGACAUUCUGAACCGCCUGCGUCAGAAACAUUUUAAAGACCCUGAGGAAGGCAAGUGGUUUGGCGUUGAUAUCACCACGGGUGGCAUCUGUGACACAUAUGAGUCGCACGUGUGGGAACCUGCUGCCAACAAGAUUAACUCGAUUGCAGCAGCAACGGAGGCUGCAUGCCUCAUCCUUUCGGUUGACGAGACCGUGCGCAACCCAAAGUCGGAGCAGCCGCAGGCUGGUUCUGGUGGCGGUGCACCAAUGAGCGCUGCUAUGGGUGGUCAAGGCAUGCGUGGUAUGAUGGGUGGAGGCCGAGGAGGUCCUAGUGGUAUGGGCCGUGGCGUGCGUGCUCUCCGCGGCAAAGGCGGUGCAUAA